AUGUGGCAUCCGGCUCUGGAACCAGGCUGGAAGCCGCUGCUGGCGCUGGUGCUGGUGCUGGCGCUGACCAGCCUGCGAGGGGCGACAGCCUCUGAGGCGGAACCCAGCGCAGAUGAGAGCUUCCAGGUGGUCACCUUCAAAUGGCACCACGUCCAGGAUCCAUACAUCAUCGCGCUUUGGAUCCUAGUGGCUAGUUUGGCCAAAAUCGUCUUUCACCUGUCCCACAAGGUCACCAGUAUCGUCCCUGAGAGUGCUCUGCUCAUCUUUCUGGGCCUGGUGCUGGGCGGCAUCGUCUGGGCAGCUGAUCACAUUGCGUCCUUCACACUCACGCCCACAGUCUUCUUCUUCUACCUGCUGCCCCCCAUCGUAUUGGAUGCUGGAUAUUUCAUGCCCAAUCGACUCUUCUUUGGUAACCUGGGCACCAUUCUGCUAUAUGCUGUUAUUGGCACUAUAUGGAAUGCAGCCACCACAGGACUGUCCCUCUAUGGUGUUUACCUCAGUGGCAUCAUGGGUGACCUGAAGAUUGGACUCCUGGAUUUCCUGCUUUUUGGUAGCCUCAUUGCUGCUGUGGACCCUGUGGCUGUGCUGGCUGUGUUUGAGGAAGUCCACGUCAAUGAAGUUCUUUUCAUCAUUGUUUUCGGAGAGUCACUGCUGAAUGAUGCAGUGACUGUGGUCUUGUACAAUGUUUUUGAGUCUUUUGUGACACUGGGUGGUGACAAGGUGACUGGCGUGGAAUGUGUGAAAGGCAUAGUGUCCUUCUUCGUGGUGAGCCUAGGGGGGACUCUGGUGGGUGUUAUUUUCGCCUUCCUGCUGUCCCUGGUGACUCGCUUCACCAAGCAUGUGCGAAUCAUCGAGCCUGGCUUCGUCUUUGUCAUUUCCUACCUGUCCUAUCUGACUUCCGAGAUGCUGUCCUUGUCAGCCAUCCUGGCCAUCACCUUUUGUGGAAUCUGCUGCCAGAAGUACGUGAAGGCCAAUAUCUCAGAGCAGUCGGCCACCACUGUGCGCUACACCAUGAAGAUGCUGGCCAGUGGAGCAGAGACCAUUAUCUUCAUGUUCCUGGGCAUCUCAGCUGUGGACCCACUCAUUUGGACAUGGAACACGGCUUUUGUGUUGUUGACGCUGGUCUUCAUUUCUGUCUACCGAGCCAUUGGUGUUGUUCUGCAGACCUGGAUCCUGAAUCGCUACCGCAUGGUGCAGCUAGAGACCAUUGACCAGGUGGUCAUGUCCUAUGGUGGCCUGCGUGGGGCAGUGGCCUAUGCCUUGGUGGUACUUCUGGACGAGACAAAAGUCAAGGAGAAAAAGCUGUUUGUCAGCACCACUCUCAUCGUGGUCUUCUUCACAGUCAUUUUUCAGGGCCUGACCAUUAAGCCCCUGGUGCAGUGGCUGAAGGUGAAGAGGAGUGAGCAGCAUGAGCCGAAGCUCAACGAGAAGCUACACGGCCGGGCUUUUGACCACAUCCUCUCAGCCAUUGAGGACAUCUCAGGACAAAUUGGACACAAUUAUCUCAGAGAUAAGUGGUCCAAUUUUGAUAGGAAGUUCCUCAGCAAAGUCCUCAUGAGGAGAUCAGCUCAAAAAUCUCGAGAUCGGAUUCUGAAUGUUUUCCAUGAGCUGAAUUUGAAGGAUGCCAUUAGCUACGUGGCUGAGGGAGAGCGCCGUGGGUCCCUGGCCUUCAUCCGUUCCCCGAGUAUGGACAAUAUGGUCAACGUGGACUUCAGCACACCCCGCCCAUCUACUGUGGAGGCAUCUGUCUCCUAUCUCUUGAGGGAGAAUGUCAGCGCUGUGUGCCUGGAUAUGCAGUCCUUGGAGCAGAGGCGGAGGAGCAUCCGUGACACUGAGGACAUGGUCACUCACCACACACUGCAGCAGUACCUGUACAAGCCUCGACAGGAGUACAAGCAUCUCUAUAGCCGGCAUAAGCUAACACCCAACGAGAAUGAGAAACAGGACACGGAAAUCUUUCACAGAACCAUGAAGAAGCGCAUGGAGUCCUUUAAGUCAGCUAAGCUAGGCAUCAACCAGAACAAGAAGGCAGCCAAGCUGUACAAGAGGGAGCGUGCACAGAAGCGGAGGAAUAGCAGCAUUCCUAAUGGGAAGCUGCCUACGGAGAACCUGGCACACAACUUCAUCAUCAAGGAGAAAGAUUUAGAACUUUCAGAGCCCGAGGAGACCACCAACUAUGAAGAGAUCACUGGGGGCAUUGAGUUUCUGGCCAAUGUCACCAAGGAUGUAACCUCUGAAUCUGGGGCAGGAAUUGAUAAUCCCGUGUUCUCCCCUGACGAGGACCUGGACCCAAGCAUCCUAUCCAGGGUGCCGCCCUGGCUGUCCCCUGGGGAGACCGUGGUGCCCUCUCAGAGGGCCCGUUUCCAGAUUCCCAACUCUCCCAGCAACUUCCGCCGUCUGACACCAUUCCGCCUCAGCAACAAAUCAGUGGAUUCCUUCCUGCUGGCCGAUGGCCCCGAGGACCAGCUCCAUCCCGCUUCCCCUGAGUCCACACACAUGUAACUGGCUUCUUCCUCUAACACCUGCUUUCUUCCCAGCUAUUGCUUUCCGGACUCUUUCCUGGACCCGCACUUUUUCAGACUUUCCAGCAGCUCUCUUCACACUGUGGACCUUGUCUUGGUCAUCUGUCCAGCUGUGUAUUUCUGUAUUAGGAGUCUGGUGGACAACUUGAAUUUGAGCCUGCUUCUCUAGCUAAUGUGUAGUAGACAGAAACAUUUGAGGCCGGGCAUGAUGGUAUAUGUCUAUAACCCCAACAUUUACAAAAUACAGGUAGGAGGACUAAGGGUUUGAGGUCAGCCUGGACAACACGGAAGUAUCCUGUGGUCAGGUCUCACGUUCAUUUCAGAUGAAAGUGCUUCUUCUUUUUUUUUUUUUUUUGGUUUUGUUUCUGGUCUGGUGGACAUUUGUUAGUCUAGUGGAAAUGAAAUGGAACACACAAUUGUAAAUAUUGGAAAUUCUGGUCAGCAUUCCUGGCAAG